GUCAUAAACCUGUGCUGCGAUCCUGCAUUUGUUGUGAAUAGGCUGAAGAAAGAAAAACUCCUGGUGAAGCGACUGAAAUCCAUGUGACACUAUUGUAAAGAUGGAGUUAAUUAAAGAGGAGAGUGAAGACUUGAAGAUUGAAGAAGUAUUCAGUCUGAAACAAGAAGAUACUGAGGAACAAACAGAUCAGAUGCAGCUGAAAGAGGAGAGUCAAGAACUGAUCAAAACUGAAGUGAAAGAUCAGGAUUUCAUAACUGGGGGAAAAUAUUUUAGUUCCUCAAAGACAAAAACCGGAAGUUCUUUCAUUUGUAGACAGUGUGGACAAGGCUUCACUCGAAAAGCAAGCUUUAGAGUCCACAUGAGGAUUCACAAUGGAGAGAAGCCUUUCACCUGCCAACAGUGUGGAAAAAGUUUCACUCAAAAAGGAAACCUUAAUGUCCACAUGAAAAUUCAUAAUGGAGAAAACUCUUUCACCUGCAAUCUGUGUGGAAAUAGAUUCUCACGAAAAGAAAAUCUUAAGACUCACAUGAGAAUUCACAAUGGAGAGAAGCCCUACACCUGCCUUCAGUGUGGAAAGAGUUUCUCACAUAAAGGAAACAUUAAUUCCCACAUGAAGAUUCACACUGUAGAGAAGCCAUUUAAUUGUGAUCAGUGUGGAAAGAGUUUAAGAAGUAAAGUAAUCCUUAAAAACCACAAGAAGAUUCAUUCAAGAGAUAACAGUUUUAUAUGUCAUCGUUGUGGAAUGAGUUUCGCAGACAGCAAUCAACUUAUCAAUCACGUAAAAACCCACAUUGGAGAGAAGCUUUUCACUUGCUUUCGCUGUGGAAAGACUUGCUCAAGCAAAUCAAACCUUGGGGUUCACAUGAGAAUUCACACUGGAGAAAAGCCUUUUACCUGCCCUCAGUGUGAGAAGGGUUUCACAUAUAAAAGAGACCUAAAACAUCAUUUGCAGACUCAUUCCAGAAAGACACUUAAAUGAUCUGUGCUGUGAUGAAAAGAGUACUAAAAAAAUUGUACUUAAA